AACUAUCUUCCAUAAACCAAUCCCAAUCCACGGAAAGUAACUAGCUUUGUACCUUCCCCUUUUUUUCUCAGAUGGAAAACGAGCCUUUUCUCGCCUCCCAAACAAGACCCCAGCUGCAAUCCAUCCUCCACGAUGCCUCCCCUUUCUCCCUCCCUCAUUCCAUUUCAAACCCAGUCAUUUUCUCUGAAAUCCAAGACCACCCACAACAACGAUUGCCCCCCGCGACUACUCUCAAGACCAAGUCCUUACAUCGCUCCAAAACUGCUCCGGCCAUGGUCGUCAUGCGAGACCACGAAUCCAAAGUGCCCCAAAUACCCAAACCCCAAUCUGAGUCUGGUUCCAUCAUUAGACAGGCGAUUGUCCUGCUUACGCUUUACUUAUCUCUGGGUAUUGCUAUUUAUUCUUUUAACAGAGAUCAUUACUCGGGUGUGGAGACUCAUCCGGUUGUUGAUGCGUUCUAUUUCUGUAUAGUCACCAUGUGUACCAUUGGAUACGGGGAUAUUGCUCCGACAACGCCGGCAACUAAGGUUUUUGCUUGUGUCUUCGUGCUUGUUGGUUUUGGUUUCAUAGACAUCUUGCUGAGUGGGGUUGUGAAUUAUGUCCUUGACUUGCAAGAGAACAUGAUCUUGACUGGGAUACAAAUGGAGAAAGCUCGAGAAGGAUUCUCAGCCAGGAAUUACAUUGUCGACGUGGAAAAGGGGAGGAUGAGAAUUAGACUCAAAGUUGGGUUAGCGCUUGGUGUUGUGGUUCUUUGUAUCGGUAUUGGUACACUGGUGCUCUACUUUGUGGAGGAUCUUGACUGGGUCGACUCAGUUUAUUUAUCAGUCAUGUCUGUCACCACUGUUGGGUAUGGAGACAGGGCCUUCAAAACCCUGCCCGGCAGGUUGUUUGCGGCGCUCUGGCUUCUCUUGUCCACACUGGCGGUGGCUAGGGCGUUCCUGUAUUUGGCAGAGGCUAGGAUUGACAAGAGGCACAGGAGGAUCGCCAAGUGGGUCUUACAUCGUGAUAUCACUGUGGAGGAUUUGCUUGCAGCAGAUAUCAAUAACAAUGGCUUCAUCAGCAAAUCAGAGUACAUCAUCUUCAAGCUUAAGGAGAUGGGGAAGAUUGGAGAGAAAGAUAUUCUGCAGAUCUGCCAUCAGUUCAGCAAGCUUGAUCCCAACAACUCUGGGAAGAUCACAUUGCCUGAUCUCUUGGAGAAUCGCUUAUGAUAGUUGGAAACAUGAACUUGAUUUUAUUUAUUUUUCUCAGAGAAUGCGAGACUUAUCUUCUUCAUCUGGGAGAAAAGUCAUGUACAGUAAAACGGAAAGUAUCAUCAUCACCAUCCUAGUGCAAAAACUGCUGUAAGUGUAGAGGUAAGGAUCGUUGUCUUGCAAAAGAUGGUAGUAGGAAAUGCUGGGAGGUUAUACAUUAGAAAAUAUAUAUUCAUGGAACAUACAGAGAUCUGAAAAUCAUACCUUUUUCAACACUUGAAUAAUAAUCUGAAAGGAUGAAAACAGGACAGAUGGCUUCUUUUUCCUCAGAUGGAGAUUCUUGUGUUCUGGGUUAUGAAAUUCAAUGAUAGGUUUAGUUCUUUUACCUGGAUUUGGCUUCAUUAUAAGAAAAAAUGCAACAAAA